ACCGGCACCGUCAACGUCCAUUCGCCGCAUCGAACGUUUAACGCAGUGUGAAACUGUAGGGUCGGCCCAUCCGGUUGUGCUUGCUUGGGCUAAUCAAUCAAAGAAACUCGCUGCCCGCCAGAUUUGUCUCUUCGAGGACCACACUCAUUCCUCCAUCCGCCCUCUCUGUCCAUCUACACCUGACUCUUCGCAGCCUCUCAACCGCUGGGCGACUUCGCCCCUGUUCCUCUGACGCACCGCCUGAGCUCGUCCUUAUCCGCUCUUACCGUUUUCACUACUACAUUUUAAUCGAUUAGAUGGCUCCUCACCGUCGACAAAUUGGCGCCAGUCGAAGAAGACGGCAAGAUGAGGGAGAGGAUGAAGGCUCGACGGACGGAUUCAUAGAUGACUCUCUGAGCGAAACUUCUAUAGUCAGCAACCAAGACGAUGACGAUGCGGACGGAGAGGGCAGCGAUGUGAGUGACGAUGAGACGCCGGGGUCGCCGAAGGCGGACCCGAAUAACAACCUGAGCAACGGUCGUGCCUCAGAGGCGAAGGAUGCGCAGUUGGAACAAAUGUCCGGUUCACCGGGGAAGCCGCUAUUUGCAUCUACUAUGUCGGACACGGAGGCAAUGCUAAACGGCAUGAAGAUAUCGCACGGUGCAAGCAAGGUGGCGGAGAUACAGUUCGAUGACAUGAAGGAGCGUGGUACCCAGGUGUCCAGAACUCCUUCAGCGCCACCUACGGAACCUAGGUCUGGGAGCUUUACGGACAGAAGGCGUCGGGAUCAGGAUCAGAGUAAGGAGCGCGGCGAUAGUCGGGCAACGUCGACGUCUGGCGGAUUCUCUCAUGGCAAACGUUCGGCGGAGUCGAGUACGAAUGGUUACAAGCCGUUUAAUAAAUCAAAAUCAAGGCCCUAUGGCCUUAUCGUGGACGGAAACAUCGGAAGGCGCCCGCCCAAUCCGGAUCGUAGCGAAGGACAAUGGACUCACGACCUCCACGAGACUGUGGCUACAGAUGCACCCCCAGCUCCUAGAUCCCACCUUGCAGCGCCAAACCAUGACAUACACAAUACAUCCAGACCCGUGCCUACUGCACCCAGAUCAUCCCCGCCGAAUAGGUCCUUCUCCAGUACGGUCCUUAUCGGAAAUGUGCCCGCGGUAGUGUUUCUACCGGGGAUGGAAAGCCCCAUUCAGUGCUCUCCUGUUCAGAAGAGACAGCACACCCGUCUUCCGCAGCAUCGGCCGCCUCUGCGCCGAGACAAACCGGUCCGUAUAUCUGUGCCUGGCCAGCCGCCCAGGUACAUUUUCCCUGCCACAGAAAGAUCUUUCAUCUUCAUUCCUCGUGCACUUCGACCCAACCAGCAGGCCUUCCGUGCUCGGGGGCGCGGUGGAUUCCACACCGGACAGAGGUCUAGCUUCUAUGGAGCAUAUUCACCGAGUCAUGGCAUGUCUAUGAGUCGAAGAUCGUCUCUAGGACGAGCAGCGUCUCGGGAAGGUGUACACUCUCCAGCCGGUUCAGUUCGAUCUAGACAGACUGUGAUCACGACUGAGAAUGGUAAACCUGUCGUUCGCUUGCCCCCGACUCGGCCUCCUGCUGCAUUUCCAUCACCAAGCGUCUCAAAUGCCGCGCCUCCUGGCACGAUUCCGCCUCCACCAUAUGUUCCGCAUGCGAAUCCCGCUUACCGUGAGAGUCGCCCCGCGCCGAUUCCAAUGCACCAGCCUCGUCCGCAGAAGACUGUGUCCGUGGCUGAUAUCGAGAGUCCUGCAAGCUUUCCAUUCAAUCCUCCUCAGCCGCAGAAGGAGCAGCCAUUCCAUCAACAGGUCCCCUUGCCUGUUGGUGGUGGCCUUUACGGAGCGGAUGCGUCUGGUUUCCCCCCUCAUAGCCGACACACCUCCCAUCAUAGUCAAGCCUCGGGGACACCUCUGUCACAAAUCCCUGAGCGCGCUAUCCACGCCGUACCAUUUCAGCCAUAUGGCUUUCAGCAAUCCCAACCAUAUUAUCCUGCUGCCUACCAGCCAGGUGCCGUUUUCUAUCCACCGCCAAAUGCAGAGUAUCCUCCUUUCAGCGCUCCAGUUGGUCCUGCGGGCGCUGCUCCUGCCUUUGUGCCAGCUGGACAGCAGGUCCCAUACGUUGUGCCGGCUACUUCCUCAGCGAACGAGCAGCAGCCUGCGCCAACCGGGACAGUAGCACACGAGGCAGGUGGUACGGUGUACUUCUACGAUACGACGCAGAUGUAUUCCAACCCUCCCUACGCUGUACCUGCACCGGGUCCUGGAGGCGUCGUUGGUAUGGGUGGGAUGAUGACUCCUCCAACCGCUACUUACUACUACCCUCAACCCCCACCAGGUGUAUACUAUCCCCCUCAAUAAGUCAGGAUUGACGAAGAUCAUAUUUACCGUCUACCCCAUCUUAGGGGGGCAUUCUCUCCUUCGUGCAGGUGCUAUAUCUUGCCACAUAUUUUAUGC